AUGUCGCCCCCAUCAAAGCGUAGACGUUAUUCGCUUGAGCAAAGUCUUCAUCCGCAAAGUGAACACCAGAGCCAGGAGGAGGAGGCGCAGGUCUUCCUGGCUGAGGAAGAAGAGGUCUCCUCUUCUUCCACCAGCUCCUCCUGUUUCCCCUUAUCUUCUCGCUCCUCCUCCCCUAGCUGUUCUCUGCUCCCAAGCACCCCUGAGAGUGUUUCUGCUACUGGGUCUCCUUUUAAUUCCCAGAGUCCCCAGAUAUCCUACUCCCCUUCCCAAGCCAUUGCAGCCCCCUGUGUGUCCAGCAACUUAGAUGAGGGCUCCAGCAGCCAAGAAGAUGAGGGUCAGGGCAUUUUGCAGGCCUCACCAGACUACGAGGCCAUGCUUAGACAAGCACUAGAUGAUAAAGUGACUGAUGUGGUGCAGUUCCUGCUCCUCAAAUAUCAAAUGAAGGAGCUCACCACAAGGGCAGAAAUAUUGACUAUCAUCAGAGAAUACCAGGACCACUUCUCUGUGAUCUUUAGGGAAACCGCAGAGUGCAUGCAACUGGUCUUUGGCAUUGACAUGAAGGAAGUGGACCCCAGCAGCCACUCCUAUGCCCUUGUCAACACACUGGGCCUCACGUAUGAUGGAAUGCUGAGUGGUGACUAUGGUGUGCCUAAGACUGGCAUUCUUAUACUUGUCCUGAGCAUAAUCUUCCUGGAGGGCAACUGUGCCCCUGAGGAGAAUAUCUGGAAAGCUCUGAGUACGAUUGGUGUGUAUGCUGGGAGGGAGCACUCCGUCUACGGGGACCUCCAAAAGCUCAUCACCAAUGAUUGGGUGCAAGAGGGCUACCUGGAGUACUGGCCGGUGCCCAACAGCCAUCCUACCCGCUAUGAAUUCCGGUGGGGUCCUAGAGCUCACGCUGAAACCAAUAAGAUGAAAGUGCUUGAGUUUUGGGCCAAAAUCUGUGAUAGUGACCCCAGAAACUACCCAUUCUGGUAUGAGGAGGCUUUGAGAGAUUUAGCUGAAAGAGCCCAGUCCAGCGUUGCCACAGAAAUCACUACUGCCAUGUCCAUUGAGAGUUUUCCAGGGCCACAUCCAGCAGCUUCUUCCCAAAGUCCAGUUUCAGGCCAUCCCUCACACUCUGUUUAA